AUGGCUACUGAUGGCAUAAAGAUUACUGAUAGUGAGGAUCAGGUAAAUGAAAUUGAGGCUUUGCAAAGCGUGUAUUGUACUGAAAUGGAAUCUUUCAAAUACGAUGCAGUUUCAAAGUUAUUUUACCGAAACAGGAUUGUGGCUUUACCGUCUCAGCUGCUUAAUGUUUCGAAUCUUUAUAGCAAAGAUGUUUUAGACGAUCAAAAUAUUAAUAUUUUCUAUCUUCCACCAAUAUUCUUACACAUCACUUUACCUCAGAAUUAUCCAUCAACUUGUAUGCCGCAAUUUUCACUGGACAUUUAUUGGCUUGAUUCGACAGCAAAAAAUCAUUUAGCUAAAGUCCUGCUUAAUGCAUGGGAAACUUAUUGUGGCAUGCCAAUUUUGUUUAUGUGGAUAGAUUUACUGAAAGAGGAGAUAUUGAAAAUACUGCAGACUCGAAAAGUUAUUAACUUAAAUGAGCUGAUUGAGAAAGAGAAGAAUGAGGAUGCAAUCGAGAAAAACCCAUUGGACUUAUUGAGAGAGAUUGCAGAGCAGAACGAGUUAGGCAUGAAGAGUGAUUUUGAAAGUCGGUGGUUUAAUUGUAAGGUAUGCUUCAGCUAUAAAAAGGGAAAUGAGUGCUUGAAAUUUGAUCCCUGUGGUCAUAUAUUUUGUUCGGGAUGUGUUUCUAAUUAUUACCGACAGAAAUUAGCGGACAAUAUGAUGCGGGAUCUAAAAUGUUUAAGUAAUGAGUGUGAUAGCCCCGCCACACAAAAACAAAUUCGUGAAGUUCUCACGGAUCAGGAGUUCGAAAAUUAUGAUCGGCGUUUAUUCGAAGCAGCUUUGGAUUUGAUGUCGGAUGUUGUCAGAUGUCCGAGGAUUUGGUGUCAAAAUCCCGUUGUCGUUGAUGGCCUUGGAACUUCAAAUUUAGCCACUUGUUCCAUUUGUUAUUUUUCCUUUUGUAUUUUGUGCAAGAAGGCAUAUCAUGGUUUAGAUCCUUGCCAUAUCAACAAAGGUACACGUGGUGAAUUAUUGAAUGAGCUGAAAUCUGCUACACCUGCUCAGCUUAAUGAAAUUGCUAAAAGAUUUGGUGGUAAGAAGCAAAUGCAAAAAAUGAUAGAUUCACUUAAAAGUGAGGAAUGGAUAGAAGACAAUAGCAAAUCCUGUCCAUCUUGUCAUGCUAAUAUAGAAAAGAAAGAUGGUUGUAAUAAAAUAACAUGCGCUAAAUGUGGCCAAAGCUUCUGUUGGCUUUGCCGUAGUAUAUUGAACAAGAACGAUCCAUACGUUCAUUUUAAUAUAAGUGAAUCAAAUUGUUUCAACCGAUUGUUUGAAGGUAUGAACGGAAUUGAUGACGAUUGGUUGUUUAGUGAUAGUGAUCAAGAGGAUCAUGCUUAA